CUUCCUUUGGCUAUAACUGUUGCCAAUCCUAUCCUCUGCAACCGCAUCCAAACAAACCCUAAUUUUCUCUGCAUAAUCCAAUCCUUCUCAUUCCCCUUCUGCAACCCUUAACCAUCGAUCCAUACUGUAAUUGAAUAAUCGAUUUUCAUAAAUUCAUUGGAAAGAAGGGAUUUUGUUUUCAUCUCGAUCUUCGCGCUCCUAGAUUGUUGUCGUGAGAAUGGUGGGAGGUGGAAGCAGGAGAGACGAGGGAUCGCUGGUGAUUAACAACACCAACGUGUUUGCGGCGCUCGAGACUCUAAGGAAGAAGAAGAAGUCCGACAAGGAAAAGGGUUCCUCCAAGACCGGAAAGGGGUCCUCCAAGGCGCACCAACAGAAAGAGCCUGAGACUCCGGCCUUCUGGACUCCGACCCCCCUCAAUGUCAAAUCCUGGGCUGAUGUUGACGAUGACGAUGAUUAUUACGCCACCGCUGCCCCUCCUCAGUCCUCUUGGGCUACUUCGGAGACAUCCCAGAAACCCAAUAUAGAGGAGGAUAGUGAGAGUGAAGAAUAUAUUCUAGAUGAAGGUGAUGAUGAUGCAGAGGAAGAGCAUGAUCAUGAACCUGAGAUUCCUGUGCAUCCCGAGCCUAUGCUGUCAAAACCUUCCACUCCUACAGUUUCUGUGCCACCUAAAGAGACAGAAAGGCAACUUUCGAAAAAGGAGAAGAAAAAGAAGGAACUUGCUGAGCUUGAGGCCCUUCUAGCUGAUUUUGGAGUUGCACAAAAAGAAGGAAAUGGCCAAGAUGAGUCACAAGAUGCUGCAGAAGAAAAGAAGGAUGGGGAGCUGAAUGGGGAUGAAGAUAAGAAGGAAAGUGCCCCUGGGGAGUCCAAAAGUGCUAAGAAGAAGAAAAAGAAGGAUAAAUCAAAGGAGGCCAAAGACUCACAGGAUCAGUCUAACAACACAGAUGUCACUAAUGGACCUGAGGAAGCUGCUGGAUCAGAGCAUGUAGAGGAGGAUGCGAGCACUGUUGAUGUGAAGGAGCGGCUAAAGAAGAUGGCAUCAAUAAAGAAGAAGAAAUCUAGUAAGGAAAUGGACACUGCAGCUAAAGCUGCUGCACAAGAGGCUGCUGCGAGGAGUGCGAGGCUUGCUGCUGCAAAGAAGAAAGAGAAGAACCAUUACAACCAGCAGCCAGUGCGGUAAAAGCCCCCUUUUUGUCCAAAAUUCGUACAUCCACAUGUAUUUCUUGUUGUUCAUACAACCAUGCGGAAUAAACAGUGGACCCUGCUUUUCGAAAAAGAUGACCAUUUAGUUGUAAUACUAGUGGACUAAAGAGAAUUCCACUGUUUUUUGACUUCUUGGAUCCUAUUGUUGCUCAGUUUUCAUGGACCUCAUUGUUUUGGCAGUUUUGUUGGCUGAGAAUUUUUCUUUGGACAGCAGUGAACUUGAUUCAUCUGUGUAAUUUAGUUCUUUCUAACCAUCUUAUAGUUGAUCGCAAGUGUUGGCUUACUCAAUGAUGCUGGAUAUCAUAUAUUACCGUUUGUUCUGUUCUGGCUGCUUUGUUACAGUCAGUCAAGUGGAUAAUGGCAUUUGUUGUAAAGUAUGAGAGAUUUAGGUUAUAUGAAGGAAUCCAGCAUUUGUAUGCUAAUGAAUGCCAGGGUAUUUCAUCAAAGAAGGCAAAGGAUAAAUGAAGAUGGAGACCCAUAUAAUAAUUGAAGAAGUGGGCCAUGUCUCUGUUUGCCUCUGAUUUCAAAAUUACAAAUGAUAUGGAGUUGCUGACAUGGCCAGUUCAGUUCGUUUGCUUUGUAUAAUUAUUUGUUUAUGAUCAUUUUGACCAGAAUGUUGUUGAUCGACAGAGUAGGAUUCGUACUAAAGGGGAGGUAGUUUUUGUUAGUAAAGAACCUUACCCUUCACCUUGUUAACUUUCACCUUGUUUACUAAAGGUGCAUUUGGGGU